CGGACAUAUUCAAAUCACGCAACUCAUCCACCUCCGCCAGCGCCAAGUAUAGCGUUCCGAAUGGGGUCGCCGCUUCAACAUCCGACCCCGUGGACAAGACGUUGAUAUACUUGAUCCACUACAACAUCCAGUCGAUCAACAAGAAAAGCGAGAGGCUGGUAAAAGCAGCAAGCGAAGUCCUGAAGAAGGCUGCAAAAAUGAACGCCAGCGCUUUAUUUCGUCUGGGGCUGAGCGAGCUCAAAACGCUGGACCCGGCCGCGAGCCUCCCCGUCGAGACAAGAUCUGAGGGCCGCACAAAACACGAAAUUUGCUUGAGGAAAGUCGAAUUCGCGUCGAGCGCGCAGAUCGGGGGAUCCCACGAAUCCGGACUAGCCGCGAUUUACGAGAUGGCGGCACCGAGACCCGGGCAGGCGUCAUCGAUCGGCACCUGCCGCGAGAGGAUAUCCUUCUCCCGAAGUUGGACAGUUCACUACAGGACCGCGGGCGACGUGACUCCGAGUCUAAUCCUGCAAUGCCCGGAAAAGGAGGACUACUGCCUCUGGUUCAGCUUAGUGGCGGGCGACGGAAUUCUCUCCGCAGAAUGCUAUGUGACGCCGAGUGCAAAAGCGGACCAGGAGGUGACGGAAGAUAACAUCCGCCAUGCUUCGGCCCAGUUGCAAGAAAUCCUGACCGUGUACAAAGAACAAUGUGACUCUGCGGCGAUUUGUUUCUUGGGUUUCGACCUGAAUAUGAAGCACGAAACCGCGUCGCGCGAGGACUUCCUGGACUCGAUUCGGCUCUCGUCCUCGUCGAAUUUCCGGGGAAAAAUAAAAAAGCUGCUUAUCGACUUCUGUGAGCAGAUCACCGUCGACCACGACCCACUUACAUUCGAAGGGCCAACCUAUCGAAAUGCGUCGUCUCCCGAUGUAGUUUUCAUGAAAGGUCGAGAGCUGCUGGACGACCUGGGGCACUUAGUUACGUACAGGUGGACCGCUGAUGGUGAGGAGACUGAGUUGCCGGAGAUAAUGCAAGACCACGCCGCCAUCGGGAUUUGCGGGACGAUCGAGACCAACAUCCCCGAGGGGAAAAUCGCCAUGAGCCCGAUAUUGACCGAGAGCAGCAGAACCAACCCAGCCAGCGUUUUCGACAACAACGCGUGCGACUUCGUCCCCCUGCAGGUGCUUGCUGACUCCAACGCGAGCCAGCACGAAGGAUGGAUAUACGGGGCUUUCGAGGAUUACAAGAUGAUCCCCAGAAGUAUAAUUCCGCGCGGAGGCUUCUGUGGGGCGAUGUCGCUGGAAUUUAUUGCGGAGAGAGAAAUUUACAAAGGGAUCAGCCACGCGAUUCGUAUCGACCGCGGCCAGAAAAUCGACAAGGCGAAAUUCGCACGCGCGAUUAACGACGCCCGGACGGACUUCCAUCACUUCCGCAGCCUUUCCGAGUUCGAAGAUAAAAUCGCAGAAACCCUGCUAAAAGCGUCGCUAGUAAAAAAAAGAGAAUUUUCUAGCAGACUUCACUUAGACAAGCCUGUGAGCUCAUUAAACGCGAACCCGGACGAAGACGGGCGCGCCGAAUCGAAGAAAAAGACGAUGGCAACCGCGAAGCAGGUCUAUUUGGGGAGAGCGAGAGGCGAGCCGAUUAAGUCCGUAAAAGGGAUCGUAUGCGACGGGACGGUUUGCGACUCCCCCCCCACGGCGCUGAUCAACACGGCACGAAUACACUUCGCGAAGCCGAUGACCAUGAUCGAAUUCACCGGGGCAAAGUACGACUAUUCGGGAACAGAGUAUCGGAAUUUGCUGGAUUUACUGCUACAGCACGCAAAAUUCUGCCACCCGUUGGAAAUCACCACCACGGAAGCCGCCGACGCGAUCGCCGAAAUGAGCGAGGAGCUUCAAGGGCCGACAGGGAUCCGCGGUAAGGUAUUUUCGUGCCUGCCAGGUUGGACGCUGCAGACGCUUGUGGAUAUCAUCAGCGGCGAGCUGAAGGCGAUAAGAGAUGAAACGGACGCCGGAAAGUUGCACGAUGUGCUCGACCAGGUAGCCGCAAGAAUGAUAGGGACUUUUUUGGCGAAAGACAGUCAAAAACUGGACGCGGAGAAGUUGCGGAUAACGUUCAAGCAGCUCUUCUCCGAGAGGAUGAAAGAGAAGAUCCUGCGUCAGCACUUUAUGGCCCUGGUUUACGAAAAAGCGAGACACUACGGGGUGACCUUCGGAGGGAUGCCGGGGAUUAGCCUUUUGUCCACCGAAUUUCGACGAAGAAAAUUGAAGUCCUCGAUCAGCCGCGACGAUUUCACUCUCGUGAUUUCCCUGGACCUGAAGCAAAUGUUCAAUUGCUUAACAAGAUUGACCUCGCGCGUGGUGUUCAAAUCAGUCGGCGCGCGCCCCGUGUUCCUCAUACACAACCUGCUCCGAUUCAGUAAUAAAAAAAUUUACCUGACUUCUGACCAGGUGACUUUACGCGUCUCAGAUUACAGGUUGGGAGUGCAGGGGACGCACAGCGCCUGGUGUACGGGGGCGCUACUGUUAGCUCCCUGGUUGGCAGCAGCCCAAGCCGCGAUCAAUCUCUGCUACGACGAACACGGAAAGCUUGACGAUAAAGGUAUCGGUGUAGCGAAAGCGAUGAUCCGCGUCGCCCAGGAAAUCAUCCGAAGCGAUUUCCGUGCCGCGAUGUGCUACGCGCAAAGAGAUAUCAGUCAAGUUUACCAGCGCGAGGCCGUUGCGGUCGACGAGAAACCGAGCUUCCUGUCGGAUUUCAUCCAGAGUAUGUGCGAUAAAUUCCCACAUGCAAAGGACCGAAAAACAGCUAUGGGGUGCGUCGAUGACACCGAUCUGGAAAUCGCUUUCCGAAAAACCGACGUGGGACCCAGACUGCCGACAGUUACAGCGAUGAUUGCAGAACAUUUCGAGAUAAUGGCAGAGGUGACAAAAACUUUCUUGGCGGUCAGAAAAUGCGAAGCAAUCGUGAUAAGCCAUGACGACUCCCAGGAUGCCGCGACCGAGUGCAACGAACUGGCCACCGCGAUCCAGCAAUGCCUUCGAAUUUUCGGGAAAGCGAUAAGGAUUGUUAAAAGCGCCAAACUUUUCGGUUUCCCAAUCGCUUGCCAAGUAGGAAUUAGCUACCGCUCCGCCUGCCGCCAGCACCUCUGCUUCGCUUUAGCUAUCACCCGAGAGGCCUUCCGGCUACUGGGCAACAAACCGACGCUGGAAGAAUUCAGUCAAAUCCCAGGGUGGGCUACAACGAGCAGAGUGCGCCACCUCCUCGUGGUGCUGAAAUACUACGACGAACCUCUGUUCAACGAGAUAACGAACGAAGUAGCAGUGCGCUUGAUGCAAUUCUACGGAGUCACAUCAAAAAACCUGAGCCGGUUCGUUCGGGGUUUCGCAGAGGCCGAAGGGGAGCCGAUUUCUGCCGGGGACAUCUUCUUCGCAGGGUUGAUGGGAAUAAAAAAUUGGAAAGAAAGAUACGACAGGACGAUCCGGAGGGCGGCCACGAGCGAGCUGAUCGCGCUGAACGAGACGCGCUACGACUUCCUCCUACAGGCGGCGUGCUGGGGCUUAUCGGGCACCGAGAAAGAGGAUAGGUUAAGACUUCUGACGAGCGACAAGAUGAAGUUUGCGCUCCCCCACAGAAUCAGCUAUGAUCUACUUCGCGCUAAUUCGACCAUGCGGAAAGAAGGAGUGACGAUCCAGCUCGAGAACGAGCCCGAUUCCGACGAGCCCGCGACCGACACCCGGGGUGACGACGUGUUCUACCGGGGCAGGAACAACACUGCCUACCUGAAGACGAGUUCAGGGAGGCGCUUCGCAGCAAACAUAAUGCUGCCGGACGCCAAUCUCAUGAAGCCUUCAGUUGCCGCCAACGCAGCUUACGCGAAAAACGUGGCGGAACUAGUACUUCGACAUGGGGAUCUCCUCACCGGUAGAACGACGUGGAUAUGUUCCCUGCCACUAGCUGCGGUAAAAAAGAACCCGGCUACGGCGCACGAGAUUUAUGCCGCUGCCGCAGACGUCGCGAAGAAGAAGCAAGGUUCAGAGAGACCUGGGCCUCGCUUCCGUAUUUCUUCGACGAGCCCGAUUUGGAACCAGCAAGAGUGGGCGACUGUGCCACUGGUCUCUUCGAGUGUCGCCGAUUUUUGCUACAUUAAUCCGAAAGAAUGGGACUCCAUCGACCCUGCCGCGAACGACACAUCCGAGAACGUAUUUGAUUUGUUCGAAGACGCCGAGCUACUAACGGAGAAAGAAGACGACGCCCCCGAGGCGGUAGGAAUCGCGAUAAACCAAAGAAAAAAAGGAGCUGCGUCUAGGUUCGAAAGCCUCCUCGCCCGAGAAGGAUAUCUGGAGACGGACGAGGCCCCACAAGCCGGCGCCCCAGCCCCGGCGUGA